CCGCCUCCCUCUGCGGUUCCUGCGGACCCGGCUGCGGCGGCGCCCGAGACCCCGAGCCGCGGCGCCCGGCAUGCCCUCUUCCGUGAAGGCGUUGGGUCAGGCCAGGCCCUCGGGGGCCAGCAUGGCCCCACCGGCCGGCUGCUGCUCCCCUGCGGCCGUGCAGAGGCGCCUGCCCAUCCUGGCCUGGCUGCCGGACUACUCCGUGCAGUGGCUGAAGAUGGACUUCAUCGCCGGACUGUCCGUUGGGCUGACGGUCAUCCCCCAGGCGCUGGCCUAUGCUGAGGUGGCUGGACUCCCGCCCCAGUACGGCCUCUACUCUGCCUUCAUGGGAUGCUUCGUGUAUUUCUUCUUGGGCACCUCCCGGGAUGUGACGCUGGGCCCGACGGCCAUCAUGUCCCUCCUGGUCUCCUUCUACACUUUCCACGAGCCUGCUUACGCUGUGCUGCUGGCCUUUCUAUCAGGCUGCAUCCAGUUAGCCAUGGGCUUCCUGCGCUUGGGCUUUCUGCUGGAUUUCAUCUCCUGUCCCGUCAUCAAAGGUUUCACAUCUGCUGCCACCAUCACCAUCGGCUUCGGGCAGAUCAAGAACCUCCUGGGACUGCAGGACAUCCCGAGGCAGUUUUUCCUGCAAGUGUAUCAGACCUUCCGCAAGGUGGGAGAGACCAGGGUGGGUGAUGCUGUGCUGGGGCUGGUGUGCAUGGUGCUGCUGCUGGUGCUGAAGCUGAUGCGAGACCACGUGCCUCCCGUGCACCCCGAGAUGCCCCCGGGCGUGCGGCUCAGCCACGGGCUGGUGUGGACUGCAACAACAGCGCGCAACGCCCUGGUGGUCUCCUUUGCCGCCCUGGUCGCCUACUCCUUCGAGGUGACCGGAUACCAGCCUUUCGUCCUGACGGGGCAGACCGCCGAGGGGCUCCCUCCAGUCCGGACUCCGCCCUUCUCAGUGACCACGGCCAACGGGACAGUUUCCUUCACCGAGAUGGUACAGGACAUGGGGGCUGGGCUGGCUGUGGUGCCCCUGAUGGGCCUCCUGGAGAGCAUCGCGGUGGCCAAGUCCUUCGCUUCUCAAAAUAACUACCGCGUUGACGCCAACCAGGAGCUGCUGGCCAUCGGCCUGACCAACAUGCUGGGCUCGCUCGUCUCUUCCUACCCGGUCACGGGCAGCUUUGGACGGACGGCCGUGAACGCCCAGUCGGGGGUGUGCACCCCAGCCGGGGGCCUGGUGACAGGAGCCCUGGUGCUGCUGUCGCUGGACUACCUGACGUCGCCCUUCUACUACAUCCCCAAGUCCGCGCUGGCCGCCGUCACUAUCAUGGCCGUGGCCCCGCUCUUCGACGCCAGCAUCUUCCGGACGCUCUGGCGCGUGAAGAGGCUGGACUUGCUGCCUCUCUGCGUGACGUUCCUGCUCUGCUUCUGGGAGGUGCAGUAUGGCAUCCUGGCCGGGACCCUGGUGUCCGUGCUCAUUCUCCUGCACUCUGUGGCCAGACCCAAGAUGCAGGUGUCAGAGGGGCCGGUGCUGGUCCUGCAGCCGGCCAGUGGUCUGCAUUUUCCCGCAGUGGAGGCCCUCCGGGAGGCGAUACUGAGCCGAGCCCUGGAAGCGUCCCCGCCGCGCUGCGCGGUGUUGGAGUGUACCCACGUCUGCAGCAUUGACUACACCGUGGUGCUGGGGCUCGAGGAGCUGCUCGGGGACUUCCACAGGCAGGGUGUCACCCUCGCCUUUGUCGGCCUGCAGGUUCCCGUUCUCCGUGUGCUGCUGUCCGCCGACCUGAAGGGGGUCCAGUACUUCUCCACCCUGGAAGAGGCAGAGAAACACUUGAGCCAAGAACCAGGGAUCCAGCCCUACAACAUCAGCGAAGACUCAGUCCCGGAACACAAGGUCGCCCUGCUGAAGGCCUGAUGGGGGCGCAGAUGGGCGUCUGAUGCUGGGGGGGCAUCUCACAGAAGAGUCUUGAUGCUGUGAUGCCGGAUGCUGCCCUAUAACCGCAUUGGCCUGAGGGCUCUGAGCAGGUGACCCCCAAAGGAGGAAGGAAGCCACACAUGGACAUCCAUAGGUGGGGCUCGUUGGCUGCAUUUGGGGUGACUGAAAUAUUGCCUCCCCCUGUUCCCUGGGAACGAGACUUUUUCCAAAGAGUGGUUGAAGAGCGGUUUGGAGAAAGCCUUCUAGAAUGAUAGACCAUGUGAAAGCAAAGAGGCAGGAUUCCCACCGGUCCCGGGCGGGGGUCCUCACACCCCAGCGCCUUCUGGUUAUGGGAGACGCUGGGGGGCGGGCGGCCCUGAGGCAGGUUCCAACCUGGGUGGUGGCGUCUGCGCUGCUUUUGAGAAGGGAACCGCGACGUGCCAGAUGACUUGACGGGUCUGUUAAAAACAAUUUUGUCGUCAGUGUUUUUUAAAUUAAAGUCCUAGCUUUUGUGUUUUUGUAAAAACCGUACACGCUUAUUGUAAAAAGUACAAGAAAUCACCUCCAUCCGCCACGGUGGUAGCUGGGGCCGCCUCCCCGCGGGGUGCGCGCGUGUCCGAAAGUCAGCCUGUGGGCCUGUGCUCGCAGCCGCGUGCGGAUGGGGUCAUUUCAUACGUGGUGCUCCGUGACCCGCCCUUUCAUGCAGUCCUUGAUGUGAGUGACUCGUUGUGAUAAUAAAUAGAGAAUACGUGAA